AUGGCUCCGGCGGACGGCGGCGGCGGCGGCGGCGGCGAGCAGCCGCACAAGGCGCACCGCCAACACAAGUCCGGCGCCAAGGCGCGGAAGAAGAAGGGCAAGGGCAAGGGCGACGGCGGCGAUGACGCAGGGGGCCAGCAGAAGAACCCCAAGGCUUUUGCAUUUCAGUCAGCAGCGAAGGCGAAGCGUCUACAAGCUCGGUCAGCUGAAAUUGAACAACGGCGUCUCCAUGUCCCAAUUAUGGACCGUUCCAUCGGCGAACCUCCUCCUUUUGUUGUUGUAGUUCAAGGACCUCCACAGGUUGGGAAGUCACUAUUGAUAAAAUGUCUGGUAAAGCACUACACCAAACAAAACUUGCCAGAAGUUCGUGGUCCCAUCACUGUUGUAUCAGGUAAAAACAGGAGGGUACAGUUCGUGGAGUGUCCAAAUGAUAUCAAUGGAAUGAUUGAUGCUGCUAAAAUAGCUGAUCUCGCUUUAUUGCUCAUUGAUGGAAGCUAUGGAUUUGAAAUGGAUACAUUUGAGUUUCUUAAUAUCAUGCAAGUCCAUGGAUUCCCCAAGGUGAUGGGAGUGCUCACACAUCUUGAUAAAUUUAAAGAUGUGAAGAAACUCAGGAAAACUAAGCAGCGCCUUAAACAUCGAUUCUGGGCCGAGAUAAAGGAGGGAGCAAAAUUAUUCUACUUGUCUGGUCUGAUUCAUGGAAAAUACACCAAAAGAGAAGUCCAUAAUCUUGCAAGAUUCAUCUCUGUAAUCAAACCUAUCCCAUUGAGUUGGCGUAUGGCUCAUCCUUAUUUGUUAGUUGAUAGAUUUGAGGAUGUCACCCCUACAGAAAGUGUGCGCUUGAACAGAAAGUGUGACAGAACAAUAACAUUGUACGGUUACCUCCGUGGCUGUAAUAUGAAAAGAGGGACCAAGGUGCAUAUCACAGGGGCAGGUGAUUUCAGCUUGUCUGGGGUGACGGGUUUGGCUGAUCCUUGCCCUUUGCCAUCAUCUGCAAAGAAGAGAGGAUUGCGUGACAAGGAAAAACUGUUCUAUGCGCCAAUGUCUGGUCUUGGGGAUUUACUUUAUGACAAGGAUGCGGUUUAUAUUAAUAUCAAUGAUCAUCUUGUUCAGUUUUCAAAGAGUGAUGAAAAUGAUGCACCCAAAAAGCAAGGGAAAGGUAAAGAUGUCGGCGUGGCCCUGGUAAAAACACUUCAAAACACGAGAUACUCCCUUGAUGAAAAGUUGGAACAAAGUUUUAUAAAUUUCUUUGGUGGACGUCCUGCUGCUCAAUCCAAAGACAGUGAUGCUGAAGGCAAUGUCAUCUCUGCGAGCCAGGAUGAUCAGGGUGACACAAACUUGCAGCAAGUAGAUGACGGUAACAAUAGCAAUGCAGUCACCAUGGAGAGCAAUGAACAUUCUGAAGGCUCUAGUGAUAGCGAAGAGGAUAAUGAUGAUAUUCAGCUGAGGGAUCGUGAUGUUGACUUGAGGGAAGAAGUAGAAAUUUGCAAUGGAAGAUUGAGGCGAAAAGCUGUAUCUGCUAAUUUUCUAGAUGACGUUGAUGAUGAGGGUACUGAUGAAGAUGGCGGUGAUGAUGAGGAUUCUGGUGAUGACCAGUUGUCUGGGGAUUCUGCAUCAGCAGAUGAUAGUGGAGAAGCUAGUGAUUCAGAGGAUGAAAUUGAGAACACUUCAAAAUGGAAAGAAUCCCUACUUGCAAGAACACUGUCCCGACGGAGUGCUAAUUUGAUGCAACUUGUCUAUGGACUACCUUCAACAAAGCUAGGCGGUGUUGCGCUAGAAGAAAAUGAUGAAAUUGAAGCCAAUAGCUCAGAUGACGAAUUUUUCAUACCAAAAGGACAAAAGCAAGCAAAGAAUGAAUCACCAAGCUUUGACGAUAUUGAUGCUGAGGAUUGCUCCAAGUUUUUCAAAGCAGAGCUAAGAGAUUGGUCUAAUGAAGAUCUCAUCAAAAGCAUCCGUGAUCGUUUUGUGACUGGAAAUUGGUCAAAAGCUGCUUUAAGAGGACAGGAUACAGAUGAAAAUGGAGAGGAUGGUGAGGAAAUAUAUGGUGAUUUUGAAGAUCUUGAAACUGGUGAGCUAUCCGAUGACGAAGUUGAUGAUGUUAAGAAGAAAUCCAGACAAGAACAGUCUAACGGAGGAGGCUAUUUUGACAAACUAAAGGAGGAAAUGGAACUUCGCAAGCAAAUGAAUAUGUCCGAGCUCAAUGACCUUGAUGAAGAGACUCGAGUAGACAUUGAAGGAUUCAGGACUGGUACUUAUGUCAGGUUAGAAGUACAUGGUGUGCCAUUUGAGCUUGUUGAGCAUUUUAAUCCUUGCCACCCCAUUCUUGUUGGGGGUAUUGGCCUUGGUGAGGAGAACACGGGAUUCAUGCAGGCUAGUUUGAAGCGCCAUAGGUGGCACAGGAAAGUUCUGAAGACAAAGGAUCCAAUCAUAGUUUCAAUUGGAUGGAGGCGAUUCCAAACAACCCCUGUGUAUGCAAUAGAGGAUCGGAAUGGUCGACACCGCAUGCUGAAGUAUACGCCUGAGCAUAUGCAUUGCUUUGCUAUGUUUUGGGGACCACUUGCUCCACCGAAGAGUGGUGUAUUAGCAGUCCAGAAUCUUUCUAACAAUCAGGUGCCGUUUAGGAUAACUGCAACAGGAUGGGUUCAAGAAUUCAACAAUACUGCCAGAAUUGUGAAGAAGAUCAAGCUCACAGGCACACCAUGCAAGAUAUUUAAGAAGACUGCACUAAUCAAAGGAAUGUUCACAUCUGAUUUAGAGGUUGCUAGGUUUGAAGGUGCCGCCAUUCGGACUGUAAGUGGAAUCCGAGGACAGGUUAAAAAGGCAGCAAAGAUUGAGCCAGGAGAUAUGUUGAAGAGAAAAGGGGAAAAUACAGAAGGAAUCGCAAGAUGCACAUUUGAGGACAGAAUUCUUAUGAGUGACAUUGUUUUCCUGCGUGCCUGGGUUAAUGUUGAAGUUCCCACGUACUGUAACCCUGUGACCACUGCUCUGCAACCUAGAGAGCAGGCCUGGCAAGGCAUGAGAACAACUGCUGAGUUGCGGAGGGAAAAAAAUAUCCCUACCCCACACAACAAGGACUCAGUUUUCAAGCCUAUUGAGCGGAAACCACGGAAGUUCAAUCCUGUUGAGAUCCCUGCAAAGCUGCAACAGUUACUUCCUUUUAAAUCUAAGCCUAAGGAUACACCUAAGCAGAAGAAAGUACCAGUUGAAAACAGGGUGCCAGUAAUCAUGCAACCCAGUGAGAAGAAGACACAUGCAGCUAUACAACAGCUAAGGCUGAUAAAACAAGAGAAGGCAAAGAAGAAGAAAAUUAAAGAACAACAGAAGAAAAAGGCAUAUGAGGCAGAGAAAGCCAAGACGGAGCUACUGACGAAGAAACGACAGAGGGAAGAGAGGCGUGAGAGAUAUCGGGAAGAAGAUAAGCAAAAGAAGCGUGCACGCAGAUGA